CGUGCGUUGUUCACUGGUGCUCCGUUGCCAAUACCGCUCUAAGAGUUGAUUUGAUUGUUUGUGGUAGUUGCCAGGCGACGGGGUCUGACUCAUCGGAGGAGCUGCAGCCGCGGAGUGCCGGCGUUGCUAGGAGCGAGGCUGUUUGUGAAAACGGCACCAGGAGAGAGUUCGCCUAAGGUUGGGUGACUGUGAAGGAAUGACGGCUGGGUCCAUUGCAGUCCCUCACAUCAUCCCGUUGAGGAUUCCUUUCCUUGGUAAACCCAAGAAUGAAAUUGAUACCAACACUCCCAUUGAACUCAAAUCAGACACCCCCGAUGUGGACAUAUACUACACAGUAAAUGGCAGCAGACCUCAACUCGUGAAGAAACCAUGUUAUGGGGAGAACUCAACCAUAAAAUACAGAGAACCAUUCACAUUGCAAGCAGGCAGAGGAACGAUUAAAGCUUUUGCUGCUUCUCGAGAUGGUCGAGAGAGUGGUGUGGUGACCAAGGUCUUUCUUGUGGAGUACGUACAGCCCAAUGCAGUGGAGAUAUUGGAGGAUGAUGACAAAAAUUUCUUACAAGAUUAUGAAAAGGAGCUUUCCAGACAGGACAAUCUAGAGGGGUUGGGACCCCCCACAGCUACAUUCACAACACCAAACAAGGAAAGCAAGCAUUCCUACGAAGAGACAGUACAAAAAAUUCCUGAACUAAAAAUAAAUGAUGAUGGCCUGCAUAAAUCAUUCAAAGGUCCACAUUUCCUAAACAGUCGUUUUGGAACUUCAGUCCCUGGACAAGAGCUGACCUCAACCCCACAGUCGCACAGGUCCCAGUUGGUCACUUCCAUCGAUGCAAGUCCUCCCAAGACCUUCAACAGCACCCAGAACAUGAGAAUUCAGAGGGAGACUGACUUUCUGAAGUGUGCUUAUUGCCUUGCCCCUCGUCCAUCAGAUCCUUUUGCACGUUUCUGUCAGGAAUGUGGCUCACCAGUUCCUCCAGUGCCUGGCCGGAGGCUUCCACCACCUGAAGGAGCGCAGAUGGGCCUCUGUGUGGAAUGCAAGACAAUGGUCCCAUUGAAUACUCCAACGUGUAUUGUGUGUGAGGCCCUAAUAACCCCUCAGCUAAAGCCUCAGGCCAGCAUCCAUCUCAAGGACAAGGUUAUCUGUCGAUCUUGUGGGACAGGCAAUCCAGCUAAUAUCCAGUAUUGCCUUACCUGUGAGACGAGGCUGUCAGAAUCACCGAAAUCUCAUUUUAGUGGAGAUUUCCUUCCGCCAUUACCAAGUCAUGAAGGAAAGAAGCUGGCAUGUUCCAAAUGUGGCCGAGUUAACAACACUGAUGCACGAUACUGCGAUUGGUGUGGAGCCAAGCCUGGUGCUCCUAUGAGCUACCUCAGCUGCUCAAAGUGUGGGGCAACUAACCAUCCAUAUGCUCAUUUCUGUGGAUGUUGUGGUGUUUACCUGGAACCCCCUAUGAGGAUGGAUUCUCAUGAUGGCACAUUUCUUGGUUCUGGCCAAUCCACAGUUCUGGCAGAGACCACAGAUCUGAUUUCUUCUCCAACCUGGCAACCUUUGACCAUCCCACUACUGAGGUUUGGGUUGGAAUCUAAGAAGGACCAAGGCACCCAAACAGUUGGUCUUUUUUACCCAUCCUGCAAGAUGCUAGAGAAGAAGGAGAUGGAAGUCAUAAUUCAACAAGAAAAACAGCAGAAGAUGACCAAUCGGCGUCCCCUUCUAACAGCCAUCAGCCCUGGAAGGGGAUAUUGGAGGUUGCAGUUAGAUCACAUCUGUGCACAUCUGCGCAGUUACACACAAAACAAUACUGAAUUCCGGGCUCUAAUUGGAGAACCUCAAAUGGGAAAGAUCAUAUCGGCAACUGUCCAUGAAGAUGGUUAUGAGCUUAGUCUCAGAGUGAACUUUGUCCUUGCAGGAAAUAAGAACAUUCUAACUGGAAAAGCAACGAAGCUGUCUGAGGAUAACUUCCUUAGUAGUGUGACUGAAGGCGGAGAUGGUUACCAUAGCAGUCUGACAAGUUUGGCUAGCGAGUCUCUUUCAGAUGGAGCAUACACAAGCAAGAAACCUAAAAGAUCAAGGAGGAAAAGACAAGUGACAACGAAAGAAGAGAGAUUGCCACUCAAUGACAGACAAUUACUGGAAGAAGUGGGACCAACUGGCUUGGGGAGAGUCUCAGAGGUACAGGAGUUGCUUGAUGAAGGAGCAGAUCCAAACUGCAGCAACAAAGACAACAGACCAGCCCUAACUGUGGCCAUUAUGAAUCAACAUCAUGAGGUUGUCCCAGUGCUGGUGCAGAGAGGAGCGGACAUUAACCAACAGUCAGGGCCAUUUGUCAUUUUCUUCAAACAUAGCCUCAAUAACACUGCUCUUCAUGAGGCUGCUGAGAUGGGAGCUCAAGGAGUGAAAUGUGCAGCUGUUUUACUUGGUUGCAAUGCAAGUAUAAAGAAGAAAAAUGAUAAAGCUUUAACAGCAUAUGAUAUAGCUGUCAAAAAUGGCAAUGACCAACUUACCUCACUAUUUGCUGCAAAAAUGGGACAAGGAAUGUUAGAUAAAUUCUCAAAGACCAAGCAUGUCAGCCUAGAUGUCUUUUAAUACUUCCUUGAAGGUUCAGGCACACUGAGCACCAAAGCUGUUUCUCAGUGCAAAUGUUCAUGUACAUUUUAUUUUAUUGAGCCUACAUUUUGCAACUGGACAUGAAAGCAUUUCCAGGAGAGACAAGUUCAGGCUCUGAGAAAGUCAAUCAUUCUGCAGCUGUAUGUUUUUGGGAAGCCCUUGUUAUUUUGAAAAGACUCACAAUGGAUAUUCCACCCAAGGGAGAAAGAGGAGUCUUCAUGUUCUUUUCCAAUAUGAAACUGACACUGGUUUUGAUCCAGCAUGUCUUUUAUACAUUUCAUGAGAAAAAAUUAACUGUAAAUCCAAGGAUUGCACUACUUUUCCACAGAACCCUAAAACAUUUUGUAGCAGAACAUUCCUAAUGUGACAUUACAUAUGCUGGUCAUCUUAAAUAAAUGUGAAAUAAAAAUCUUUCUCUAACUUGUUUCUUUUAUUUUCAGAAGUGUGUCUUCUGAAAUAAAAUUUAAGUCCAGCAAAGUAGUUUACAAAAAUCCAACCUCCCACUAAGUGUUCCUCAUCUGCUUCUGGUUACAAUAAGAAACCUAAAAUACCAAACACGUGGCUUUGAGAAACCUGAAGUUAAUGUCUUGAAUGUGGCAAGAGUGUGAUCAGGUAUUAGCAGGAGAAUCUGUUAUGGAAAUCUGAGUUCUCAAGUGCUUUCUUGCUAAUUUUACUUCAUGACUUUUGUAACUUUGACUCUUUAAAGGUUAAAAGAAACAAAGAUUCAAACUUUCAGCUUGGUCAGAAGGUUGUAACUUCAGACAGUUAAGCACAAAUUCUUCUAUGCUGGCACUGCAUGCAAUGGAGGAUGUGCUAAACAAUCCAAGAUGCUAGCUUUCAUAUGUUAAACUUAGGCCAUCUCGCCUCUUAUCAAAUGUAAAUUAUUCCAAGCAACUACUCAACUAUUUAGAAGAAUGUAAAAGUUCAUGUACUGGCCAAUGCAUCUCUCAGUCAAUACCACUGAAACAAAUUAUGUGAUUGUUAUCACUUUGCUAUUUAUGAGACCAUGUGUGCAGUAAUUUUGCAUUUCCUACAAGUGACCACACUUCAGCAGCACUUCAUUAGCUGUAAAUACUUUCGGAACCCUGAAAUUAUGAAUAGCAUUAUAAAAAUUACUAGUUCUUUCAGUCUGUCCUAAACUGCGGAUGUGCUUCAUUACCUUAGGAGCAAUGAUAUCUCAGAUUUACCUGUCCUCACAAAUCACCCACCCUCAUUCCACCAUAUGCAGACAAUAAAAUGGGAAUGCUGGUGAGACUGUUGAAAACAGAUGAUGGUACAAAAUUAUCACUGAGGUCAAACUGCAUGUUUUAAAGGACUUGCUGAUACUAAAUACAAACCACUGCAUAAUGCUGAUCUGUAACUGAAAUGCAAAGUAUUUAAGGCAUUAUUCACAAAAUUCUACUGCAUUUCUUUCUACAUUACUCAUCUCAAAGAAAUACAAAUGCUCACUUGUGUUCUUUCCCUUUAUUUGUUCCACCAGUGGCUUAGGAUAUUGCAGUAUGUUACACAGAUUUAAUAGGAAUUCUUCAUUUGCUGCUGGCCAACUGUGAAUUUUGUGUAAAAUUUCUAAUGUUUUGUGCCAGAAUGGCUUUGUAAAACAGAUCAUAAAAUUUUUAUUUCAAAAGUUGAUCUAAAGUCAUAAUGGGGUCAUUGUUUCAGCCUAAUUGUCUGUCCUUUACAAGUU